UGCAGCUGGAAUUCAGAGCUGUCCCUGGAAAGUUUUUUUUGUUUAUAUAAAUACCUUUCCUCCUUCUUGUGCCAGCUCUGUUAGGAACUAUUAGUUUGAAGAUUUAUCUCUUCGAGACAUGUCACAGGUCAUCACACAGGGUGACCAUGGCUGUUUCCAUACCUAAGCCAGGCCUGAAACCUGACUGAAAUGGAUCCAGAUAAUCUGUCUCAUCCAAGAGUGUCUGGAGCUGGCUCGCAACCACUCACUCAAGUACGUUGAUGACAUGCAGCUCUAUUUUUCCUUCUCAUCUUCAUCAGCCAAAUGCAGUGAGAGGUACUGAACAUGCCUCGCAGUCCAACAUCAAGUGAAGAUGAGAUGGCUCAGAGUUUUUCAGAUUAUUCAGUGGAAUCUGAAUCGGACAGCUCCAAAGAAGAAACCAUUUAUGAUACUAUCAGGGCAACGGCGGAAAAACCAAGCAGCAGAAUGGAAGACACCCAGAACAACACAUUAGUGAUACGGAUUAUAAUACCAGACCUACAGCAAACGAAAUGUAUUAGAUUUAAUCCUGAAGCUUCUGUGUGGGUAGCAAAGCAACGAAUUCUUUGCACAUUGAAUCAAAGUUUGAAAGAUGUUCUCAAUUAUGGGUUGUUCCAGCCUGCAAACAAUGGAAGAGAUGGGAAAUUUUUGGAUGAGGAACGACUUCUUUUGGAAUAUCCGCAACCUGUAAAUAAAGGUGUUCCAUCCUUAGAGUUUCGAUACAAGAAGAGGGUAUACAGACAAAUGAAUCUUGAUGAAAAGCAUCUAGCUAAGCUUCAUACGAAGACUAAUUUUCGCAAAUGUAUGGACCAUGUUCACCACCUCUCAGUUGAAAAACUAACAAAGAUGCUGGACCGAGGACUUGAUCCUAACUAUCAUGACUUAGAAAGUGGAGAAACCCCACUAACUUUGGCAACCCAGCUUAGCAAUACUGUUGAAGUAAUCAAAGCUCUGAAAAAUGGAGGAGCUCAUUUAGAUUUCAGAGCCAGAGAUGGCAUGACCGCUUUACACAAAGCAGCUAGAGCCAAGAACCAAGUAACCCUGAAGACUCUCUUAGAGCUUGGAGCAUCUCCUAACUACAAAGAUAGCUGUGGACUGACACCAUUGUAUCACACUGCUGUAGUUGGAGGGGAUCCAUAUUGUUGUGAGCUGUUACUUCAUGAACAUGCUACUGUUGGUUGCAAAGAUGAAAAUGGAUGGCAAGAGAUUCACCAGGCUUGUCGAUAUGGUCAUGUCCAGCAUUUAGAACAUUUUCUGUUUUAUGGAGCAGAUAUGGGAGCACAAAAUGCCUCUGGAAACACAGCAUUGCAUAUCUGUGCACUUUAUAAUGAGGAUAGUUGUGCCAGAGUUUUGUUGUUACGGGGAGCCAACAAGGAAUUAAAGAACUAUAACAGCCAAACUCCAUUUCAGGUGGCAAUAAUUGCUGGAAAUUUUGAGCUUGCUGAAUAUAUCAAGAAUCACAAGGAAACUGAUAUUGUGCCAUUUAGAGAGGCUCCUACGUACUCAAACAGAAGACGGAGGCCACAGACUACCUUGGCAACACCUCGUGUUUUGCUUCGGUCCAAUAGUGAUAACAAUCUGAACAUCAACAUCCCUGACUGGUCAGCUUCCUCUUUAGCUUCUUCACACCGUAGCCUUUCGCCUCACCUACUCCAACAGAUGCAGAAUAAUCCUAAUGGAACUGUGAAAACUGUUGGGAGCUACACCUCAACCUCUCGGAGCCGCUCACCAUCAUUAAAUAGAUUAGGAGAAGAUGCAAAGCGGCAGCAACACCGGCACAUCAGUGCCAGUUAUAACCCCAGUGCCAAUAAGGAUACUAUAUCUGCCUUGGAUUAUCAGGGUCAAAAACGCAAACUUUAUAGUGCUGUACCUGGAAGACUAUUUAUUGUCGUGAAGCCAUAUCAACCUCAAGGAGAUGGGGAGAUUCAUUUGCACAAAGGAGACAGGGUAAAAGUUUUGAGUAUUGGUGAGGGUGGAUUCUGGGAAGGAAGCACUCGAGGACAUGUUGGAUGGUUUCCUGCGGAAUGUGUUGAGGAAGUGCAGUGUAAACCAAAUGAAAGCAAACCAGAAACCCGAGCAGAUAGAACAAAGAAAUUGUUUAGACAUUAUACUGUUGGAUCAUAUGACAGCUUUGAUGCUUUAAGUGACUGCAUUAUAGAAGAAAAGGCAGUGGUCCUGCAGAAAAAAGACAAUGAAGGAUUUGGGUUUGUGCUCAGAGGGGCCAAAGCUGAUACACCUAUUGAAGAAUUCACCCCAACUCCAGCCUUUCCUGCUUUGCAGUACCUGGAAUCAGUGGAUGAAGGCGGGGUAGCAUGGCAAGCAGGCUUGAGAACAGGAGACUUUUUGAUUGAGGUUAAUAAUGAAAAUGUAGUAAAGGUUGGCCACAGGCAGGUGGUGAACAUGAUUCGGCAAGGAGGCAAUCACUUAGUUCUUAAAGUUGUCACAGUAACCAGGAAUCUUGAUCCAGAUGACACAGCCAGAAAGAAAGCCCCGCCACCUCCAAAACGGGCUCCAACAACUGCACUGACCUUGCGGUCUAAAUCAAUGACCUCAGAGCUUGAAGAGCUUGAUAAAGUUGAUGAAAUAGUACCAGUUUCCAAGCCAUCAAGAAUUCCAGACAAUGCAGCUGUGGACUCAAGAGUGGCAACAAUUAAACAGCGCCCUUCUAGUAGAUGCUUUCCCUCAGCUACGGAUAUGAAUUCUAUGUAUGAUAGACAAGGGAUUGCUGUGAUGCCGCCUACAGUACCUGUGAGUCCUCAAGGCCCAUUUCUGGGUGUACCACGAGGUACAGUGAGAAGACAAAAAUCAAUAGGGAUAACAGAGGAAGAACGACAAUUUUUGGCUCCCCCCAUGCUAAAAUUUACCAGAAGUUUAUCCAUGCCAGACACCUCUGAAGAUAUUCCUCCUCCACCACAGUCUUUACCACCAUCACCACCACCACCUUCUCCUUCUCUUUACAACUGUCCCAAAUCUCCAAUGUCUAGAAUAUACGGAACUAUUAAGCCUGCAUUUAAUCCGAAUUCAGGUUCAAAAAUGGCUAUUUCAGGUAGAUCUGAAAAUAUGGGAACGGUGAUAAGGGACAAAGGCAUAUAUUACCGGAGAGAGAUGGACCGUUAUUCUCUAGAUUCUGAGGAUUUAUAUAGCAGAAAUGCCGCAACUCAGGCAAACUUCAGAAACAAGAGAGGUCAGAUGCCAGAGAAUCCAUACUCUGAAGUCGGAAAAAUAGCAAGCAAAGCAAUGUAUGUCCCAACCAAACCUGUGAGAAGGAAGGGAAUGUUAGUAAAACAAUCUAAUGUUGAGGAUAGUCCAGAAAAAACCUGCUCCAUUCCAAUUCCUACCAUCAUUGUUAAAGAGCCAUCUACCAGUAGUAGCGGGAAGAGUAGUCAAGGAAGCAGCAUGGAAAUUGAUCCACAGUCUUCAGAGCAACCAGGGCAACUCAGACCUGAAGAUAACUUGUCUGUCAGUAGUCCAUUUGCGGCAGCUAUUGCUGGAGCAGUGAGAGACAGGGAGAAAAGAUUAGAAGCCAGGCGGAACUCUCCAGCUUUUCUUUCCACAGAUUUGGGAGAUGAGGAUGUUGGGCUAACACCUCCAACACCACGUAUGAGACAGUCUAAGUACAAUGAAGAAGUAGUGUUUGGUAACGAAGACAGUUUUAGGCAACUUGUAUCAGCAUCUCCUAUCCCAGCACCAAGAGAGUCUGAAAACAUUUUUAAUAGUAAUGAAUCAAGUAAUCAAAGUGAUGCAAGGACACCUAAUGCUUCAGCCCAAACAACAGCAGUUUCUGAAAACAAUACAUUGGCAACUCAGAAUGCUGGUAUGUCAAGUUUGGAUAACUAUGUUCAUCCACUCACAGGGAAAUUACUGGAUCCAAAUUCACCUUUAGCCCUGGCCCUUUCUGCCAGAGAUCGGGCCAUGAAAGAGCAAACCCAACAAAUUCCAGGGAAAGGAGAGCCUGGCAAAGCGGACCUUAAUAAACCACUUUACAUAGAUACGAAGAUGAGGUCCAAUAUAGAAACGACAUUUCCAGUGACAGCUACAAUUGCUAGGCAAAAUACGCGUGGUCCACUAAGAAGGCAGGAGACAGAGAACAAAUAUGAGACUGAUACGGCGAAAGAGAGGAGGCCCGAAGAAAAAAAGAACAUGCUGAUAAAUAUUGUGGAUACCUCACAACAAAAGUCAGCUGGUUUGCUCAUGGUUCAUACAGUAGACACAACGCAGUCCAGUGAUACCCCUGAAAAUGAAGAAGAAAGUGCUGAGGUGGAUAUGAAUACUGAAAAGCCUGUACCGGAAGCACAAGAAAGUACAGAAACAGCAGAAAGUGGACUAGAUGACACUGGCAUUCCUGAGCCACCUGUAUCUCCCUGCAAAACUAUUGUAGCCAUUGGCUCUGUCGAUGAUCCUAUCAUUUUGCCAUUCCGUAUCCCUCCACCCCCUUUAGCAUCUGUUGAUCUUGAUGAAGAUUUCAUCUUUACUGAGCCAUUACCUCCUCCUUUAGAAUUUGCUAACAGUUUUGAUAUCCCUGAUGACCAUGCAGUUCCAGGCUCUGCACUAACAGACUUACUCAAACAGAGAAAAAAUGGAACUCCAUCCACUUCAUUUAACCACAUUCAGUCCUCAAAUUCAAUAGACAGUAAGAAACCAGUGGGUCUUUCCAACUGUUUGCCUGCCUCAUUUUUACCACCCCCUGAAAAUUUUGAUAAUGUCACUGACUCUGGGAUUGAAGAGGUGGACAGUCGAAGCAGCAGUGACCAUCACCUAGAGACAACCAGCACUAUCUCAACUGUGUCCAGCAUCUCUACCUUGUCCUCUGAAGGUGGUGAGAACUUGGAUACUUGUACAGUCUAUGCAGAUGGGCAAACAUUUCUGGUGGACAAACCCCCAGUACCUCCGAAGCCAAAAAUGAAGCCCAUAAUCAACAAAAGCAAUGCACUUUACAAGGAUGCGCUAAUCGAAGAAACUGUAGAUAGUUUUGUUAUUCCUCCCCCUGCUCCUCCCCCACCUCCUAUCAGCGCACAGCCCAGUAUGGCUAAAGUUGUACAGCAAAGGACCUCUAAGCUAUGGGGCGAUGUAACGGAGGUUAAAAGCCCAGUUCUCUCAGGCCCAAAGGCUAAUGUUAUUAGUGAAUUGAACUCAAUACUACAGCAAAUGAACAGAGAAAAAUCCUCAAAGCCAGGGGAAGCAUUGGAGUCGCCUCCAGGAACAAAAAGUGCAAGUCUUAGUACAAGGAGCACAGAAGUCAUGAGCACUGUCUCAGGUACUCGAAGUUCAACCAUCACUUUUACUGUCCGGCCUGGGACUAGCCAGCCAAUCACACUGCAGAGCAGAUCCCCAGACUAUGAUAGUAGGACAUCUGGAGCAAGACAUGCUCCAAGCCCAGUGGUUUCACCAACAGAGAUAAGUAAAGACAUCAUGCCAGCUCCUCUGACUGCUUCUGCUCCAGUUGCAUCUCCUUCUCCAACUCUUUCUGAUGUUUUUAGCCUACCCAGCCAGCCUCCUUCUGGGGACCUCUUCGCUUUGAACACAGGGCGCAGCAGGUCUCCUUCUCCCUCAAUUUUGCAACAGCCAAUCUCAAAUAAGCCUUUUACAACUAAGCCUGUCCACCUGUGGACUAAACCAGAUGUGGCAGAUUGGCUGGAAAGUUUAAACCUAGGUGAACAUAAAGAGACCUUUAUGGAUAAUGAAAUAGAUGGCACUCACUUACCAAACCUUCAGAAGGAAGACUUGAUAGACCUUGGAGUGACUAGAGUUGGUCACAGAAUGAAUAUAGAAAGAGCCUUGAAACAGCUAUUGGACAGAUAAGAAUGGCUGCUCUUGCCUCACAAACCUUUGUUAUAAAUAGAGAUGGGCUGGUACUGAAACACCCCAAAUGCCUUGACUCCCUAAGAGUACCACUAAAUUAAAGCAUCACUUAGUCCAUGUAGUUUCUAAUUUGCAACAGUGUUGGUUGUAGUUUAGUGCCCAACAGCAACCCUGAGUAAAUUUUCAUUAAUGGGACCGUAUAUUACAAAAAAGAAGAAAAGUGGGGGAAAGGAUAAGGAAAGGGAAAAUUGCUACUUCCAAAAGUUAUGUAAGCUCUGGUCAUUGAAAUUAUUUUCAAAAUUCCUUUCUUUUCUUUCUUUUGUUUACUUUUGUGCGGGGGGCAGGAUAUAAUAUUCAUCCCUUGGUAUUCUGCCCUUCAAAAAUGCCCUUCUGCUUGAACAACAAAAUGCCAGUUUCUUUUUGUUUUUAAAAAUAUAUAUUUCUCCCUUCACAAUAAAAUGUCACGUCUAGCCCUUUUUGUAAUAUCUGCUUCGUCCACCACUAUUCCACAUGCCCGUUACACUGUAAGUUAACUUCUCAGUGGGUUUUCCCAUUUUGAUUGUCAGUUCAGCCAACUAGUGUUUCAUACUGCUGUUCACAUUUUUCAUGAUGUAUUUAUGGCUUUUAAAUUAAAAAUCUGUACAUUUGCAGGGUUCUCAAAUCAGAGUUUUCACAAACUACUUUGUGACAUCAUAUUGGUCUGAUUAUUAUAUUUCUUGGUUUCACAGUAAUGACAUUCGUUCUUGCCAUCCAAUGUCACUGUGUUGUCUGACUUCUAAGUCUUUAUUUUUCCACUUAUCCUUAGUGCCUUUCCAAGUUGCCAGACAGCUUUCAUGCAUGCUUUUUUUUCAAACAUGGUAUAGUAGAAUGUGUGGAAGUUACGUGAAAGACCUAUCCUAGCUUUCUAUGGCAGGGAAUAAACCACUUCUAAAAGACUGCGGUGGAAGACAUCUGUUCACACUUAGAUGAUAAUUCAAUUUGAAUUUCUCAAAGGCUUCUUUGUACAGGAUUUGGGUAAUAGAUAAGUAAUUUUAUGACUUUUAUUGUCACGUUUUCAAAAUAGUAAAGACUAUCAAGCCUGUUUCCUUCUAGCUUUCUGUCUUUUCAUGGUUCUGAAAACCAGGGAACUAGAGAUGUGUAGCAGGAAGUGACCUUUGCAGCUUUCUAGUAUUAAGGAAGUGAAAGGUUUUGAUAAUGGCCCCAGUCCAGAGAUCCUCUCGUACUGGAGAAGGGUGUAUGACCAUUACUACACUCAGUGCUCUUCCUUUUCCACUCUUCCUCCAAACAGAAGACCAGUGCUGACAAAUAUCCUGUAGGAUGCAAGGGUGGGUUCCAAGAUCUAGUGUGUCCGCCUUAAAGAGGUCGUCAGUGGGUGGUUUCUUCACCCAAGCACAGUUAGUUCCAGAUCUUAAAUAGCAAUGCAUAGGGUUGAUCUUGGUGGAUCAAAGUGAUCACAUGUGGAGGUGGGCUCAAUUACAGCUGUGAUCCAAAGGAUUAUAUAUAGAUUAUCUCAAAAUUAUCACUACUGUCAUUCUGUAUGUGGAUGCACAAAGCCUUGUACAAGAUAUGUGUUUGAUUAACUGCAUGCAGGAGCUUCUCCUCUUUAAAGAAGCAUCUUUAGAUGGUUAUCCGUACCUGCAUGAGGAAGCUAUCUUUUGCGGAAUCCACAUGGCAAAACCCAUUUUCACAUGCAGACAUGUAUCUUUAGGUCUUAGCUUUUGUCUUGGAGAGAGCAAUCCUAUGGUCUCUAGACAGUGUUUGUGGGGCCAUAGGAUUGUUCAGAGACAGCACUUUGAGACAGUGCUCCAACCUCAGAAGGGGAAGUCAGAGAUCUGACCCCCUUCCCCCUUAUAGCUGGUGUGGAAAGAAUUGUGCUGGCUGGCUGGCUGCCCUCGGAGGUUGGGAACUCUAACUCAGAGAGGGGGAAAUGGGGUGUUUCAGUGGGUAUGGAAGGGGGGCCUGGAGAUACACGCUAUCCUGAGCUUUUGCGAGCCUCCUUCUCUCCCCCUCUGAAACACCUUUGCUAAACAAGCAAAAAAAGCACAUCUAGUGAAAAAUGCAGGGUGGAAGCAAAGAUGACCACUGCCUCUCCUCCUGCCCUGCCUAAGGUGAUAUGAUAGUAAGGCUCUGCAUUCAGGGGCGUACAGUAACUGAGGGCACAAAUCUGUGCAUGUUUAGACAGAAAAAGUCCUACAAUCUAAGCAUUCCCCAGCCAACAGGGCAUGCUGGGAGUUCUGGGAGGUUUCUUUUUUUUUGUCUAGACAUGCAUAGGAUUGCCACCCUGAUGUGCUAGGAAGAGGAAUGUUUAAAAAGGAUUGCCUGCAGUCUAAAACAAAUUAACAAAUGAAAACAUAAAUGUAGCAUCUUUUGAAAAGUAGUUUAAUAAAAAUGGCGGAUAGCUAUUACAAAUUAAUAGCUUCAGUUUUU